AUGGUUACCUCACGUCACAACGACGAGACCUUCUUCGUCGAGUCCGAUGAACAGCCCGCGCCAAGGGUAAACGUUCGGGAUGCUGCCAAGCUCAUUGCUCGGAACAAGCAGGAGAUGAUCGCCAACAAUCUAUCACGACUUGCUUGCGACGAGUACCUUGAGGAUAUCAUGCAGCACAUCCGUCACAUGGAGGACGAGACGCUACCCGAUGCUAACCUCAUCGAUAUGCAACGCGAAAUCCAAUGGUUCAUGCGCCCGUACCUUAUCGACUUCCUUAUCGAGGCUCACGCUGCCUUUUCGCUUCUUCCCGAAACCCUCUUCCUCACUGUCAACCUUCUCGAUCGGUACUGCUCCAAGCGUGUCGUUUACAAGCAGCACUAUCAGCUCGUCGGUUGCGCCGCCCUACUGAUUGCCGCCAAGUAUGGAGACAAGAAGGAUAGAGUCCCCCAGAUCAACGAGCUCAACAACAUGUGCUGCGGACUUUACGAUGCCGGCAUGUUCACGCAGAUGGAAAUGCACGUACUCAACACUCUCGACUGGAACAUUGGACACCCGACCGUCGACUUUUUCACCCAAUUGAUCGUGGCCGAGGAAAGGGACAGCAGGGACGUCGAACACAUGGCGGCAUACAUUUGCGAGAUUGCCCUGUACCAUAGGGAUUUCGUUUCCACCAAGCCAUCCAUCAUGGCACGGGUUUCUUUGGUCUUGGCUAGGGCUAUCUUGGGCAAGCCCGAGGUUAACGAUGGGGAAUGGGACCAGGUCGAGAAUGCCACGCUCUUGGCUCUUUCGCAGCACCUUCACCAGCCUUCCGUCACGCUUUCCAGGAAGUACUCGAGCGCAUACCUCUCCAAAGUGUCUGGCAAGCUCGCCGACUUCCUCGCUCAGCAGGCCGCCAUCAACCGCCGUGGCGGCGCCCCGCCUUCCUCUCCUGGCGAGCUGACCCCCAACUCCAGCAAGGCGUCCAAUGUCUACAGCACUCCCCACAAGGGUCUGGGAUCCGUCCCCGGCGCUGCCGAUGGAUACAUGACCCCUCCGAUCACUCCCGACGCCUCCAGCUUCGGACAGAACGGCACGAUGAUGAAGGAAUAUCCUGUUCCGCGUUGUCCGGUGACCCCGACACCGCAGCCGAACCACAGCCAAUCAUACCCACCAGCAGCACAACAUCAGACUUCAGCAUCAUCAACAUCAACAACAACAACGGCGCCCUCAUACUUUGAGACCGCGCCGUCGUCUCAAGUCGCUUACUAA